CUCACAUACAGUACAGCUUGAGCUUGCAUUGCAAGAAUGUGAUGGCCACGUUCGAUGACAUUGACUCUCUCAUGCAAUCCAUAAUCUUCACUUUCGAAUUUUCAAUCGCACAACCAAACCCACCAAAAAUUCUAUAAUUUUGACUCUUCUUCUUCUUCUUCUCCUUCUCCCUGAAUGUCAAUGGACUCGCGAGCUCGCCUUGACUAUGCUCUGUUUCAACUCACACCGACUCGAACGAGGUGUGAUUUGGUGCUCUUCUCUGGUGGGAAGAAUGAGAAAAUCGCUUCUGGGUUAUUCGAACCCUUCAAUACCCACCUCAAAUAUGUUAGAGAUCAAAUUCACAAGGGUGGUUACUCCAUUAAACUUUCCCCACCAACCCUUGAUGCCCCUUGGUUCACUAAACUCACAUUUCAGAGAUUUGUGCGGUUCGUGAGCACGCCAGCAAUUCUUGAGAGGUUUAUCAGUUUGGAAAGAGAAAUAUUGCAAAUUGAGAGAUCAUUUGAAGCUAAUGAGGUCUCAAACACCAAUGUAGCUGUGCCAAGGGAGCAAGAAAGUGGUGCAGCUGCAACCGGUGACACCAUGGAGUCUACUGAAACAGCAAAGGUUAAGGUUGAACAUGAGAGAAAUCUUGAUUUAGAACCCGAAGAAAGCUCCAAGAUCCAACAUCAACGCCUAUUAGGAACCAGGAAAAUGUUGCUCCAGAAAGAGCAAGCGAUGGCCUAUGCCGGUGGACAUGCUGCUGGAUUUGAGAUGGGCAGCAUAGAUGAUCUCAUUUCUUUUGCAGAUGCUUUCGGGGCUUCACGAUUGAGGGAAGCAUGCAUUGAUUUCAAAGAGUUAUGCAAGAAAAAGCGCACAGAUAGAAUUUGGAUGGAGGAAUUGGCGAAAAUGGAGGCAUGUUCACGCUCUGAACUUACAUUCUCGGGAACAUCAGGUAUUGUGCUCAUGGAUGGGAUCACAACAAACUUUCAGAGUGAUGGGAAUGUUGUCGGCGAAAUUGUCUCAAAUGGAUCUUCAGAUGUGAAAAAAUAUGUCACAGUUACAGAUCAAGAAAGUUUAGAUAGCAAAAAAGAUGAUAAAACACAAUCAACUUUUGCAAAUGUUCAAGUGCCAACGCCAUGGAUACACUAUCUACCUCAGCAUUUCUACAAUUUUCAGCACCCUAUUCAACAACUGCCUCCUUACGAAGGAUUUGCUUUCCCUGCCAUGAAGCCUGGGACCUCACCCUAUCAAAUGAAUGCGCAGUGGACUCCUCGUGAAAAUGAUUCUAGUCUUCCUCCUGCUCAUGAAGUCAAUUACCAAAAGUCAUCUUCAGAGAAAAAGGAAAAAUAUCAGAAUCGGAAUGGCAUUGCAGAAUCAGGAAAAGAUAGGCAGAUUGAGUCCAGUGAGUCAGAGAGUGAUUCAGAUUCAUCUGCACAGAAGAUGUCUUCAAAGAAACAUCCAAACAGGAAAAAGUACGGGAAGAAGUCUUCUAGAACAGUAGUUAUUCGUAAUAUUAACUACAUCACUCCUAAGCGCAGGAAUGGAGAAAAACUGGAAGUCUCCGAUGAAUCUUCUUUGGAUGAAUGCAAGUUCAAUGAUGAAGAUAAUGCAGUUGGAUCACUGGCGAAGUCACGUGAGUCAAACUCCAUUCCAAAUAGAUCAAAUGAUGCUGAUCAUCAUAAUUAUGACGACGGUGUUGUUGCAGAUUCAUCUGACAGAGGAAAAGGAAAUGAGAGCUGGGAUAAUUUCCAGAACCUUCUGAUGAGAGAUGAAAAGGCAACUGUUCAUAUAGUAGAAAAGUCGCAACCCCUGGAUGUUCCAGAUGAAUGUUUUGCUGACAAGAGCUUGGAAGAUGGGGUUUCGAUUGCAACCAGCCCUGCUAUGGACCUGGAAAUGGAAAAGAUCCCAAAGCAGCAGAUGGCAGCAGGAGAUUCGUUUGUUUCUAGCAAGAGAGAUGGAGGAAGUGAUCGUACAACGAAGUUGGAAGAUUUUAAAAAUGGAGAGAACUUUCGAUCAAUCGUGAAGAGAAGUGAUUGUCCGGAUGAGCAAUUCUUGGUUUCACAAAGACGGGAAGAAUCAAUAAAUGUGCAAAAUGAUAGCGUAUCUGCUUGUACAGCGUCUAAAUCUAGCAUUAUAACUAGAAAGGAAGAAGAUUGGUUUGUUGUUAAGCAAUCGAACAAACCUGAGAACCAGGAUGGAACCUUCAGGCAAACAGUAUAUGGCGAUGACUGCAUGCGGUUGUCAGAGGGUUGUAAAUACUACAAUGAGAAGAGUUGAAAAGAUGUAGUUAUAGAUGAUUCUUUCAUGGUGCAGACCCGAAUAGAAGCUGAAAAUCCUCGUGAUUCCCAAUGGAAAACUGACAUAAACAUGGUUGCAGAUCUAGCAAUAUCUCCUAUGCCUGAUAGUGGCACCAUAAAUCGUUCACAAGAGAAGAACCAUUUAGGUGACCCUUUUGAACCUAAUGACCUCUGCAUGCUGCUUGAACGGGAUUCUGGAUUCAUAUCUGCACUAGAAACCUGGACAGUAGACUAUGGUGUUGACAUAUCAUUUAUGGAAGGAGAUAGAAUGUGCUCAGGUGGUCAAAGAGGCAAUCAUGCCAAGAAUGAGCUUCCCGCAAAUGGUGAUGUAACUAGAGCAGCCAACAAUCAAGUUUGUAAAACAAAAGAUCCCACUAAAGAGGCAAAAUCCAAAGCGUUGAAUGCAUCCCAUGGGAAGGGAAAAUAUGAGAUCGUUACUAAAAGCAAGAAACCAUCUCUUGUGAGUAGGCUAAAUGCUCAGAAAAGCAGAUUAGAGAAGGAAGAAGAUAUUCGAAAGAAUAUGGAAGAACUAUUGAUUCAACGGCAGAAAAGAAUUGCUGAAAGAACUGCAGCUGCUGGUUACGCUCCGACCAAGAAAGUCCCUUCAGAAAAUAAAACCGCAAAAGGUUCCAGCAAGUAUGACAAGAACAAGACCCGUUCCUUUGCUCAAGACAAGUAGGAUGACUUCUGUGAAACUUAGGGCAACCUAAGAAAAAGAUAAACUGCAAUGUGGAUGUAUAGUUCUCGGGGUGGUGUUGUCGAAUUUUUUGUCGUGCAUAUAUAAUUGGAGUUGAAACUUAAGUGAUUCAUUAUGUAAUAAUGGGUUCUAAAAUCCCAUAAAAACAAUAUCUGGUGGAGCAAUUUCGUAAAGUUUUGACUUAGAAUCUCAUUUCACUACA